AUCAUUAAAUGCGUUGUCUAGUGUUCUCGCAUUAGCAAGGAAAUUUAAUCAAAUUUAUAUAUUUUAAAUAGAAAUUAAAUAAAUUACACUUGAAAUUAAGCAAGUGAGUGUAUUGUGAGAAAGAUCCAUUUUAUAAGUGAAUUUAUAAUAUGAUCGUAUCCUGAUUUUCUUUGUUGUAAAUCAUUUCUCGGGUUUAAAGGAUUCUUAUUCUGAAAAUAGAUAUUGAUUGUUUUUACGGUGAAGUGUUGAAAAAUAAUUAGGGAUGAUAUCACAUUAAUUAUUUUGAAAGGUUAAUUGUAAAUUGUGCGAGAUUCAUUGAAAUUCGCGUAAUGAAUCUUGAUAAUUCCUCUAGAGAAAAUUCGGAAGCUUUAGAUACAAUUGGUACUGUGAGCCCGAGAGAAAAAUACCACGGUAUGAGGGAGAAGAAAUUGUCAGCUGCAUCCUUGACCAAUGCAGAAGGAGCGCGGCCCAAAGUAGUGACGGUAAAACAUCCAGAAUCCAACAAGCCAAAACCAACCGCCCGAAAAAAUAAACCCAUCCAAGCCGACUUAGACGUCGUUAGAGAAUUCAUAAGAUGCAGAGAUGAAGGUGUUAAAAGACUUGAUCUCAGUAAAUCGUCUAUUACUUCUUUACCUCCGAAUGUGAGAGAUUUGACACAUCUUGUUGAGUUUUAUUUGUAUGGAAAUAAACUAGUAGCUCUACCUGCAGAGUUUGGUUGUUUAACCAAUCUACAGACCCUAGCACUUAAUGAAAAUUCGCUAACAAGUUUGCCUGACUCACUGGCUCAUUUAAGAUCAUUAAAAGUUUUAGAUCUCCGACACAAUAAAUUAAGUGAUAUACCUGAAGUUGUCUACAAAUUAACAUCACUGACAACAUUAUUUUUACGAUUCAAUCGAAUAAGAGUAGUUGGUGAUGGCAUUGCUAAUCUUACAAAUCUAACAAUGUUGAGCUUAAGAGAAAAUAAAAUAAAGGAACUCUCUUCUGGUAUCGGAAAACUUGUAAAUUUGGUGACUUUUGAUGUUUCCCAUAAUCAUUUAGAGCAUUUACCACAAGAGAUUGGUAAUUGUGUUAAUUUAUCUACAUUAGAUUUGCAGCACAAUGAGUUGUUAGACAUUCCAGAUACAAUUGGCAACUUACAGACACUAAAUCGUAUUGGGUUGAGAUAUAAUAGACUCAAUGCUAUACCAGCUUCUUUAAGUAACUGUAAACAUAUGGAUGAAUUUAAUGUAGAGGGGAACUCAAUAUCUCAACUUCCAGAUGGACUACUGUGUAGUCUGACUGAGCUUACAAGUCUUACAUUGUCCCGAAAUUCAUUUAUGAGUUAUCCUAGCGGUGGGCCAGCACAAUUCACUAGUGUUUCAUCCAUAAAUCUAGAACACAAUCAAAUAGACAAAAUACCCUAUGGAAUAUUUUCGAGGGCAAAAAAUUUAACCAAAUUGAUAAUGAAAGAAAAUUUGUUGACAUCUCUUCCUUUGGACAUUGGAACAUGGACAAACAUGGUGGAACUUAAUUUGGGUACAAACCAACUGGUAAAACUACCUGACGACAUACAAAGCUUAAUAAACUUAGAAGUGUUGAUUCUAUCAAACAAUCUUCUUAAGAGGAUCCCACCAAGCAUUGGCAACUUGAGAAAGCUAAGGGUAUUGGAUUUGGAAGAAAACAAGAUUGAAAUCCUUCCCAAUGAAAUAGGAUUUCUACAGGAAUUGAAAAAACUGAUUGUUCAAUCUAAUCAAUUGACUUCAUUGCCGCGCUCAAUUGGACAUCUGAUAAAUCUCACAUAUCUUAGUGUUGGUGAAAAUAAUUUGCAAUAUUUACCUGAGGAGAUAGGCACCCUUGAGAAUUUAGAAUCACUGUACCUCAAUGAUAAUCCUAAUUUAUGCAAUCUGCCAUUUGAGCUAGCUCUAUGUGUUAGCUUGCAAAUUAUGAGUAUUGAGAAUUGUCCUUUGACCUCUCUACCACCAGAUGUAGUAUCUUCAGGGCCAUCUUUGGUCAUCCAAUAUCUCAAAUCACAAGGGCCUUAUAGAUCCAUGUGAUAUGAGGUUAAUGAUUAUCACACUGCAUUGCCAGGUGAUAAUAUUUAAAGUCAAACAAGUAAUGCUCCUAUUAAUUAAAUGUUUGAUGUAUAAUCCAGUGGUUCUUAUAAAGAAAAUAUUGAGAUGUGUUCCUUUAUAUACAAAUUUAAGUUGUCUUAUAUAUACAUAAAUCAAAUAUAAGGAUAUAAAAUUUAUGUUGUUAAAAGUAACAUUGCUUUGUUUCAUGCUUUCAUUUUAUAACAACGUUUUCCAUAUUUCAAUUAGAGUUGUAUUAAAUGCCCAAAAUACAAGGCGUAAGAUAAAAUUGUUUUUAAUUCUAAUAAUAAAUUUUAAGAUUUUUAGAAUUAAUUGUAAUCAUUGCUGUAUAUAAUGUAUAAUUGUGAGCUACAAGUUUGUAGAUUAGUUUAUUGAACUGCAAUCCUCUAUUGAAAACAAUUUAUGUGUAUAUAAAAGUUACACAAGAUCUUCUUAAACUAUGGAGGCCAAAUUGAAAUAUAUGUUAAAACAUAACAUGAUAAUUAUAUUUUCAUACUUCUAUCAUAAGCUUGUUUUACGAUAUUUGUAUAAAUUUGAUGCUUUUUUAAGCAAUUUAUAGGAUUGUUGAUUGACACUUUCAUGACAGUUUUGAUUAUUUUAUUGAUAUAAAUGUUAGCUUAAAAUUAAAUUGUUACGUUUACCACGAGUUUCCAUUGUCAAACUAAACAGACAGUUUAAAGUAUUUUCCCCAAAAUCUUUGCAUGUGAAAUUGUCACCAUAGGUAUGUAAACGAAAUACUAGAACAUCUGUUUAGAUUGACGAUGACUGGUAGUAAGUGCGGUGCCAGUUAACAUGAGAUAUUAAAAUAGCGUAUGUAGUUAGCGUCUUAUUUUUAAAAAAAGAAUAUGACCCAUGUCGUCACAAAGAUCUCAAAAUAUUGGGCAGUAUUUGACAUCAUUUAGUAUUACUUUUGUAAUGAUGUUUUGUGUCGUAUGCGUGCACAAAUAUUUAUCAAUUGAAUUUUUUACGACUUUGAUUUUAUUGUAAGACGUAAUUUUAAGUUGUCUCAUAUGACUUCAAGUUCAGUGUGUAAGCUGAAUGAUUAAUGUACUUUGUAAUCAUUUAGUUCGAUUGACAUAUUAUUUGUAUGUGUUAUUUAUGUAUUUUGUCCUAAACGAUGCAUUUAUAGAUUUUUUUUAAUGUAAUUUCGCUUUUAAUAUUCCAGUCACAUUAAUUUUGGUGUACACAUGAAAAAUUGUUGAAAGUGUAUAAAGGACUAGUCAUUUUGUUCUAUAUAGUUUGCCUAAAAUAAAAUGUGGUCGGUGUGAUGUCAGUGUUUUACAUAUAAUGCCAAUUGUUCUACUAGUUUAAGGUAUGAAUGACUUCCAAGUGUUGAUUUACGAAAACGUUUUUAAAACUGUGGACACAUUUACAGUAUUGUAUGUGCGUCAAAUUUACAAUAAAAAUGUACUUUCAGAUUUAUUUUAUCCAAAGUAUAGAUAAUUUCAAAGCUCAAUAGAAUGCUGCCGUAUGAGUAAAAUUUAGUUGAUAGUUUGUAUUCUAUGUGAUGGUAUUUCUAGUGCUUAUUUAAUAAUCAGUCCACGUGACUCCAAUUGUCCAAGAUGAAUGCAGUAACUAAAAAACUGUUUGGCCGUUGGAAUUAAACUGUCAUAUGUUGAAUAUAUUUUCUUAUCAGUGUCUAUCUUGAUGUUAGAAUUUGAAUCGGCAUAUAUGGUUACUUGAAACUAAUAUUAGUAUAGUUAUAUACAGCACUUGAAACAAAACAAAAUAUCGUUUGAAUGUUUUUAAAAAAAUAUUAUCUUUUCAAUCCAUGUGUAUGACUAUAAUGUUUAAAUGGCAUGUGUUACAUGAAAUAAAUUGAAAUUAUUAAAA